AGCCGGGAGCGGGCGGAUCAGCUGAUGCGCGCCCGGGCACCGCGGCCAUUGGGCGAGCAGCCGUGCCGGCGCCGCCGGGUGGGGGCGAGCGGGCCGGGAGAGAAAGAAAGAAAGGGAAAGGGAAAGGGCCGGGGGGAGGGGAGGAAGGGCCGGCUGGCUGCGAGCGGAGGGCCGAGUUCCUGCCGGGAAGGACCCCGCCUGCCCGGGGCCCUCCCCGCAGCCCCCGUCCCCGGGUCUGGAGGCGCCCAGCACACCGCCCCCGGCCCCCGCCCCUGCUGCCCUCAGGGAUUAGCGGUUCCAGGGACAGGAGAUGUACCAGCAGAUGGAGACCACCUGCUCUCCUUCAUGUGGCCAUUACCUUCCGUGGGGACCAGAGAGGGUACAAUGGCAAUGUCUGAGAGAACACACAAGGAGGAAGAUGGAGUGGACCAUGUGCCAGGCAUCUAGGUUCUGUCUCAGGGCGAACUCUUUGAAAGGAGAAGAGCCUGUUCUUCUUUCUCUGCCUGCUCCCCUUCCUGCAGCAAGUUGUAGAGGGAUCCUACAGUGCUCGUGG